AUGAUGACUCUCAACACCUCCACUGAUUUUGACCCUCGCAGUCAACUGGUGCCGCAUAUUGUCGAUCACUUUGCCGCCACCAAGCCAGAAGCUGUGUAUGCUGAAUACCCCCGCAACCUCGCAAGCUAUGAAGAGGGGUACCAGCCCAUCACAUACAAAGUUCUCGCCAAUGCCAUUAACGGCCUUGCCCACUGGCUGGUGAGCCACCUAGGCCCCGGCAAGGGAGAGGUUCUCACCUACGUUGGCCCUAAUGAUUUGCGAUACCCAGCUUUGAUUCUUGGGGCUGUGAAAGCGGGUUACUGCAUCUUCUUGACUUCGCCCCGGAACAGCCCCGUGGCCCAUCAGUCCUUGUUACAGAAGCUCAGCCGCACCACGCUGAUUGCUCCUGUGCCACGCCCUCCUGCCGCGGCAGCAAUCCUGGAGGCCGUCUCGCUCCAGGUCCUCAACAUCCCGAGUAUGGAGGAACUCGUAAGCAUCGAGUAUCCGCCCUUCGAAUUUUCGAAGACCUACCCGGAAGCGGCCCUCGAGCCACUGGUCAUAAUCCAUACCUCAGGGUCCACCGGAAUCCCUAAGCCCAUCACAUGGACCCACGAGACAGCUGUCAAACAUAUGCGGAUGCAAGCUCUGGACCCUCCCCCGGGUUUUGAGACACAAACCCAAUGGGCCUUCGGCAAGAAAAUGUACAUGAUGCUGCCCCCCUUUCACGCCGGCGGAGUGGGGCAUCUCCUGUUCGUCACUCUGCCUGUAGGGAUCACGCUUGUGAUGCCAAUCUCUCGAAGCUUGCCUACCGCUGCCGGGAUGGUGGCAGCGCGCCAGCAGACGCCCUUCAGCUUCGCUUUCGUGACACCAUCAAUCGUCUCGGAGCUGGCACAGACCCCCGAGCUACUGGACUACGUCCGCACCCACUUGGAGUUCCUCGGGUACUGCGGCGGGGAUCUACCCCAGGCGAUCGGUGACACAGUGGCUGAGCGGAUCAAACUGGUGAACAUCUAUGGUGCCACGGAGAUGGGACUGAUCUCCGCGAUUCACUCGACGGCCGACCGAGGUUCGACCAAGGACUGGCGGUAUACGCGUUUCCACCCUCAUCUCGGGGUGCAGAUGCGCCACGUCUCGGGCGAGGAGCAUGAGCUGGUCAUCGUGCGUACCCCUGAGUACGAGCGCCACCAGUUCCCUUUCAGUAUCUUCCCUGAUCGUCAGGAGUACCACACUUCCGACCUCUUCAUCCGUCAUCCGGAUCCGGCCAAGGCCGAUCUGUGGCGCACAACGUCACGUCUAGACGAUGUGAUUGUCUUUCUCAACGACGAGAAGACGAACCCGAUCUCGAUGGAGCAGCAUAUCGUUGCCGCCAACCGGGAGGUGACUGGCUGCCUGGUCGCCGGUGCUCAACGCUUUCAAGCCGCGCUGAUCGUGGAGCUCAGGAAGGCAGAAGCAGCGCCGAGUGCCAGUGAGCGCGCGGCGAUGAUUGAGAAGCUCUGGCCAAGCAUUCAGGAGGCCAACAGCGCCUGUCCGGCUCACGCCCGCAUUACCAAGAGCCACAUUCUGUUUACCACCCCGAAGAAACCCAUGUUGCGCGCUGGCAAGGGUACCGUCCAACGUGCUGGUACAUUGAUGCUCUAUGCGUCGGAGCUGGAGGCUCUCUACACCGACGCCGAGAAGUUGGCGCAGGCGACCGGGGGCAUGGUGGCAGGGCCCGGUAGCGUGGAUGAUACUAGCCAGGUCGCCGAAUACAUUCGUACCUCUAUCCUGGCCAUCACGGGGUGGAGUGCAGAGAAGCUUUGCAAUGCAGAGAACUGGUUCACUCUUGGCUUGGACUCCCUGCAGACGAUCACAUUGACCCGAGAGCUGAAGCAUGGUCUCAAUCUACCUGCUCUCACGCCUAAUCUGAUUUACUUGCAUCCUUCCGUGACGGCGCUCACCCAUGCGGUCGAAAAGCUGCAUCAGCAGGGUAGGGAGUCAAUGCAACUGCAGCAGGAGACUUUGCUUCAGGAGCGCGACCAGCUGCUGCAGAAGUUCACUAGCCAGAUCGAAUUGCCCGCGGAUUGCGCUGCGCGGUCUGCGACCAGACCGUCGACACAGACGCUAGUUCUUACCGGCUCCACGGGCCAACUGGGGUCAUACAUCCUCCAUGCACUCCUUCACAGUCCCUCGAUGGCACACGUCCAUUGCCUCAACCGCAAUGAACACGCUCGAGAGAUACAGCACGAGCGCAUGGUGACGUAUGGUCUAACGCCCCUGGCUAACGACGAGUCUCGCGUGAGUUUCUGGACAGCGGAUCUCAGCCGAGCAGAUCUCGGAUUGCAGCGCGGACCCCAUCUCCAGGGUGUAGUGAACCUCAUCAAUUUCACAGCUCGUAGCCCUCAGUCUCCACAUCUUUUCUUUCUCUCCUCCAUUAGCUCCACCAUCGGCCAUCGCACCGAGUCCGGCCUCACCCCCGAGACGAUCAUAACAACCACCACCCCUGCCCCGAACGGCUACGCGAACAGCAAGUACAUCGCCGAGCAUCCGCUCGCCCACGCUGCGCAACAGAAACUGCAGCAGCCAUCCCAGAACCAUAACGAGCGAAGACCCGCUUUCGCAUUUGCCCGCGUCGGCCAGGUAGCCGGUGCAGUGCGCUCUCCGGGCCUCUGGAACCCGGCAGAAUGGUUCCCAAGUCUUGUCCGGAGUUCGUGGCAUCUCAACGCCCUUCCGGAUACAUUGGGUCCCGCAUUGAAUCGCAUCGACUGGGUCCCAAUCGAUCUUCUGGCCGAGGUCUUGGUCGACUUAGCCCUUCUCGGCGGAGCCCAAGGUGGGAAAAUGGCUGGUUCUGCGCGGGGGCAGGUGCAGGUUUACCAUCCUGUUAACCUUCACCCCAAGUCCUGGGAUGAGGUCCUCCCUAUUAUCGUCGGGGAACUCGCGGCGCGGCGCGGUGUCGAUGAGCUUGAGAUAGUCUCACUGCGGGAGUGGGUGCAGCGGGUUCGUUUCGAUGUCGAGACCGCUGGGCGCGGGGAGGGCCGUCAGAAGUUCGAUGAGAAGGAGUUACAGGUUCUUCUGGCGCAUAAUCCGGCGGCCAAACUGCUGGACUUCUUCGAGGAGCUAGUCGGACAGACUGAGUCGGAGAAUGCGUUGGAGACGGUGCGGACAGCUAAGGUUAGUCGACGACUGCAGGAGGUGGAGGGGGUGCAGCCGGAAUGGGUUCGGAAGUGGGUUGGUGAGUGGUUGGAUUAGUUUUCCUCCGCAAUCUUUGUUCGCUGGAAUGGAUCGAUUCAUUCACAUUGGUGUCAUUGCUUCUCUUUCGCGACAAGACUAGAUAUAUGAGACGAAGCUGGCGCCUCCUUUCUAGAAGGUGAACGGUAACAUGUGGCUGGAGCGGUAGACUCCGAGGUCUCAUUGCAACACCCAAACCUUGUGAGGGCUUGACCCCAGAGCCUUUCUGCUUGGCCACAUUGUUUAUGUCGAAGUUU